AUGGCACCGGGAAUCGUUACACCACAGCCUGCAGUGUCGAGCGAGGCAACGAAGUCGCUUAACGAGGUUACCGCAGAAUAUGAUGAUACUCUUCGAUUCUACCUGAAUGGAACAAAAGUUGUACUGGACAGUGCGGACCCCGAAGUCACACUGUUGGAGUAUCUGAGGGGGAUUGGAUUGACGGGGACAAAAUUGGGAUGCGCAGAGGGUGGGUGUGGUGCAUGUACAGUGGUUGUGUCACAGUUUAACCCAACCACGAAGAAGAUAUAUCACGCCUCCGUAAACGCAUGCCUUGCACCCCUCGUCAGCGUAGACGGCAAACACGUAAUAACUGUCGAAGGAAUUGGAAAUGUAAAGCGACCACAUCCAGCGCAAGAACGGAUAGCAAAGGGCAAUGGCAGCCAGUGUGGUUUCUGCACACCGGGCAUCGUCAUGUCAUUGUAUGCUCUGCUUCGCAACAAUGUUGAACCCACCGAGCUCGAGGUGGAAGAGGCCUUCGACGGCAACCUCUGCAGGUGUACAGGAUACAGGCCAAUAUUAGACGCAGCACAAAGCUUCAGUGUACAGUCUGGAUGUGGCAAGGCGAAAGCAAAUGGGGGCGGUGGUUGUUGCAUGGAGAAGAAUGGGGGCGGCGGUGGAGGUUGCUGCCAGAAAAAUGGAGCAGAUGGAGAAGAGCAGCCGAUCAAGAGGUUCACACCACCUGGAUUCAUCGAGUAUAAGCCCGACACAGAGUUGAUCUUCCCCCCACAAUUACGGAAACACGAGUUCAAGCCGCUUGCAUUCGGAAACAAGAAGAAGAGGUGGUUCCGGCCGACAACUCUACAGCAACUACUGGAAAUCAAGGAUGCCUAUCCGUCAGCGAAGCUCAUUGGUGGUUCGACUGAAACGCAGAUUGAAAUCAAGUUCAAGGGCAUGAACUACAAUUCGUCAGUGUUUGUUGGCGAUAUUCCAGAGUUGCGUCAAUUCAAGUUGAAUGACGACCACCUUGAGAUUGGCGGAAACGUUGUCCUAACGGAUCUUGAAGAGAUUUGCAAAGAAGCUCUUGAACACUAUGGGCUAGCCCGGGGCCAGCCUUUUGCAACAAUUCUGAAGCAGAUCCGGUAUUUUGCUGGAAGGCAAAUCAGAAAUGUGGGUACGCCAGCAGGAAAUUUGGCCACGGCGAGUCCCAUCUCGGAUCUCAAUCCGGUGUUUGUCGCUACAAAUGCGACACUUGUUGCUAAGAGCCUCAAAGAGACAAAAGAGAUACCCAUGUCGACUUUCUUCAAGGGUUACAGGCAAACUGCGCUACCACCCGAUGCAGUUAUUGCAGGCUUGAAGAUUCCGAUUGCAAAGGAGAAGGGUGAGUACAUCCGCGCGUACAAGCAGGCAAAGAGAAAGGAUGAUGAUAUCGCAAUUGUGAAUGCUGCUUUGAGGAUCUCCCUGGAUGAACAACAUAUGGUUGAGAGCGUGGAUCUUGUAUACGGCGGUAUGGCACCAACGACAACACAUGCGCGCAAAGCAAUGGAAUUCCUCCAGGGUAAGAAGUUUACAGAGCUCAAGACUUUGGAAGGGGUCAUGGAUCAGCUGGAGCAGGAUUUUGACCUGCGAUUUGGUGUGCCAGGUGGUAUGGCAACAUACAGGAAGUCUUUGGCUCUCAGCUUCUUUUACAAGUUCUAUCACGAGGUAUUGGUUGAGUUGCAUGCUGAGGAAGUUGCUGUUGAUACUCAGGCUAUUGGAGAGAUUGAAAGAGAUAUCAGCAAGGGCAGGAGGGAUGAAAAGGCUGCGGAGGCGUACAUUCAAGAGGAGGUUGGUCAGUCGAAGAACCAUGUUGCUGCGAUGAAGCAAUGCACGGGCGAAGCGCAGUAUACAGACGAUAUCCCUCUGCAACGGAACGAACUCUACGGAUGCUUGGUGCUUUCGACCAAAGCACACGCGAAGCUGCUGUCGGUAGAUGCGGAUGCUGCAUUGGAAUUGCCAGGUGUUGCUGCGUACGUCGACCAUAGAGACCUGGCCUCGCCUGAAGCCAACUGGUGGGGAGCACCGGCUUGUGACGAAACCUUCUUUGCGAUCGACAAGGUGUUUACUGCAGGUCAGCCCAUUGGUAUGAUCGUUGCCGACACAGCUAAGCACGCAGAGCAAGCUGCACGAGCAGUCAAGAUUGAGUAUGAGGAGCUCCCAGCUAUUUUCACAAUCGAAGAAGCCGUUGAACAGGAAAGUUUCUUCAAUCACUUCCGUCACAUUAAGAAGGGUGAUACUGAGAAGGCAUUCGCCGAGGCUGAUCAUGUCUUCACUGGCGUCGCGCGUAUGGGUGGUCAGGAGCACUUUUACCUCGAAACCCAGGCUUGUCUGGCUGUUCCUAAGCCUGAGGAUGGCGAGAUGGAAAUCUUUAGUAGUACACAAAAUCCUGCUGAGACUCAAGCCUAUGUAUCCAAAGUGGUUGGUGUCGCUGCGAACAAGAUUGUCACCCGUGUCAAGCGCAUGGGUGGUGGUUUUGGUGGCAAGGAGACACGCUCGAUUCAGCUCGCUGGUAUCGUGGCUUGUGCAGCAAACAAGGUCCGCAAGCCUGUACGCUGUAUGCUUAAUCGAGAUGAGGACAUUGCGACAUCUGGACAACGCCACCCCUUCCUUGGUCGAUGGAAAGUUGGUGUCAAUAAGGACGGCAAGAUUCAAGCACUGGAUGCAGAUGUUAUUUGCAAUGGUGGCUGGAGUCAAGAUCUCUCUGGUGCAGUUGUCGAGCGCUCACUUUCUCACAUUGAUGGUGUCUAUUCGAUACCAAACAUCCACGUUCGCGGCCGUGUCGCAAAGACAAACACCGUCUCUAACACAGCGUUCCGUGGUUUCGGUGGUCCGCAGGGCAUGUUCAUUGCUGAGACAUACAUGGAAGAGAUUGCCGACCAUCUCAAGAUUCCAGUCGAACGACUGAGAGAGAUCAACAUGUACUCACCGGAAACGAACAUGGUCACACAUUUUAACCAGGAGAUUAAGGAUUGGUAUGUGCCUCUAAUGUACAAGCAAGUGCAGGAAGAAUCCCUUUACGCACAGCGCCGUCAAGAAAUCGAAGAGUGGAACAAGACGCACAAGUGGAACAAGCGGGGUCUUGCAAUUAUACCGACCAAGUUUGGUAUCUCAUUCACUGCGCUUUUCCUGAACCAAGCUGGUGCACUUGUACACAUAUACCACGAUGGAAGUGUCCUUGUUGCGCAUGGUGGUACGGAGAUGGGUCAGGGAUUGCAUACCAAGAUGGUACAGAUUGCUGCUCAGACGCUCGGCGUACCACUAGAGGAUGUGUUUAUCAGCGAGACCGCCACAAAUACUGUUGCAAACACUUCAUCUACAGCAGCUUCAGCAUCCUCUGAUUUGAACGGAUACGCGAUCCACAACGCGUGUGUACAGCUGAAUGAGCGCCUGGCUCCAUUCAAGGAAAAGCUAGGACCCAAGGCGACUAUGAAGGAUCUCGCUCAUGCCGCGUAUUUCGACCGUGUAAAUCUCUCUGCCCAAGGGUUUUAUAAGACACCAGAUAUUGGCUACGUCUGGGGCGAGAACAAGGGACAGAUGUUCUUCUACUUCACCCAGGGUGUCGCUGCUGCCGAAGUCGAAAUCGACACAUUGACCGGUGACUGGACGUGCCGCCGUGCGGAUAUCAAGAUGGAUGUCGGUCGCUCCAUUAAUCCAGCUAUUGACUACGGCCAGAUCGAAGGCGCUUUCGUGCAGGGUCAAGGAUUGUUUACGACGGAGGAGUCUCUGUGGCUGAGGGGAACAGGCAAUAUUGCAACAAAGGGGCCGGGUAACUACAAGAUCCCCGGAUUCAGAGAUAUUCCGCAGGAGUUCAAUGUCAGUUUGCUCAAGGAUGUGAACUGGGAGAACCUUAGGACCAUUCAGAGAAGUAGGGGUGUUGGCGAACCACCACUCUUCAUGGGCAGCUGUGUCUUCUUUGCAAUCCGCGAUGCUCUUCGGUCUGCUCGCGCAGAGUUUGGCGAGACUUCUGUUCUGCACCUUGUUUCUCCGGCUACGCCCGAACGUAUUAGGAUCAGCUGUGCCGAUCCUAUUUUGAAGCGCGCGUGGGUGGAGCCUAAGGAGGGCGAGAAAAGCUUUUUCAUUAGCAUUUAG